AUGGCAAUGAUGAGCCAUUUAUUAGUCCCUGCAGCACCAUCCACAGCAAAACCAGUGCCUUUGAUAUCGAGGAAGAUGACUCCUUCGCCAUUCCCCGUCGUCCACAAGGCAGGGGCAUAUAGUCGCGGUUUCAAUGAAGUCCCAGAAGAAAAACAAGUUAGACGCAGGGGUGUAUUACUAGGCUUGAUUGGUGUAGCUUUGGUUAUGAAUGGUGGUGCUAGGGAUGCUAGGGGUGCAGCUAGAAGGCCACCACCACCACCAGCAGAAGAGAAAAAGGACCCAAAUGUAAGUGGCUUAACUGCAAAAAUUUUGGCCAGCAAAAAGAGAAAGGAGGCCAUGAAAGAAUCCAUUGCCAAGCUAAAAGAAAGUGGAAAGCCCAUUAAAGAGCCCUCUCAAUGA